AUGACGGCAAACCUACAGAGGGCAGAAGGAGGAGAAAGAGGAGGCGGGCCAUCCUGCGGCACCGUCGCGCCUCUCUGCGCGGCGGCGCCCGCGUCGCCAGGCCCCUCUUCGUCUACAUCAUCCGGCGAAACCCCUGAGUCAGCGGCCUCCGCGCUGUGGCUAGAAGACUCUGGCCCAUGCGAAACGAUCGUGUUCCUCCUCGGCUUCUUCCUCCCGGUGCCUGACCUAUGCGCCUGCAGCGCCGUGUGCAAGGGCUGGUGGGCUGUACUGACACUGCAGCACCAACAGCUGUGGCGGGAACACUGCCUCCGCAAAUUCGGGUACAAAUACGAAAACUACCUUCUCUACACGCAGGGCUGGGACUGGAAACUGAUGUACGCGAAAGCCAACGUCUUCGUCCGCACGUUGCGAGAGGGCUCUGCGGACGAUGCAUGCGGUUUUCUGAGCCGCGAGGCUUUUUCUCAGCGGCUGAGGUCUGCCCGCGCGCUGUGCGCUGAAGAGGCUGAGGAGGAACCGACUUCGGUCGCGCCCAGCAGACGCACCGCGAUGUCGCAUGCGCCGCCGACGAGCGCCGAAGAAAGUGGCCUCACGAGGCGGCGAUGCACACAACUCCUCCCCUCUUCCCCGGUGAACUACGAAGGCUGCCUGGCGUUAACCACGGAUUGCCGGCAGCUGCUGUGGGAGAACGGGGUGUACAUACAGUGCGUGGACCUGCAGACUUUGCGCGAAAAGUGGCGGACCCGGGUCGGCUGCGGCGCUCGAGGCCCGGCCAGCAAGCCGUGCCUGGUGGCAUCGCGAACCAAGGCGAUUUGUCACGUGAACAAGUGCGUGAAGGGCUUCGACUUGGCAACAGGCACGUUCGUGUGCCGCCUUAAAAUUCCCUUCGCUGUAGCUCCCGACCCCCGCGCGGAGUCGCCACCGUCCUCAGCCGUCCCGGCUCGACGGCCCAGCGAAGAAGACGCGAGUGGAGAGCGGCGGCCCGCAGACGACAAUCUGCAAGCAGAGAGGAGCGGAAGCCCCGCAUUUCGACAGAGGCAUGGAGACGGGAAUCGCACGAGACGUCCGUCGGGAGAGCGAGAAAACGACGAAGAAUCAGGAAGCGCGGAAGCCGGCAGUUUGGAAGGCUGGGAGCCUCACGAUUUCAGCCUCGACGUGAGCAUUCGUAAUUGCCAGGUGACUUUUCUCACAUCGCGGGGCGUCUGCAUCUUCCACUCCGAGUCGCUCAAGUGUAUGUACACCAUAGUGCACUCCGAAUUGCUUCUGCCCUCGCUGUCGUUCGCGACCGAGGAUGUGGAUUUCCUCUGGGCCGGGUACCGACCUGCCCCCCCAGCCUUCGUGCAGGAUCUUCUUCGCUUCCAAGAUAUCCAGCGCAGUGCCUACCUUCCGUCGCGCAGCGUGAAGCGACGAGCAGAGAAGUCUGACAUCGGCUCGUCUUCUGUGUACUCUGCUCUCGCUUCGUUUGGUUCGUGUGCAAAAUCCGUUUCCGCCUCUUCUUCCCUGUCUCUUCCCUCCGCUUCUCCUUUCGCUCCUCGCCGAAAAGAAGAAAUUUGCAUUUCGGGCUCGGGCAGCGGCACUGGCGCGCAGCUCUGCUGCGCAAAGGACGAGAUGAGGGCAGAUGAUGAGGGGGGAGGGGACUGUCUUCGAGAGAGAGAUGUGAGACUGGCCGAACCGCUAGCUAGUACCCGCACCCACAGCGUCUCUCUCGAAACACACGCACACAAUAACGCACGACUGGGUGCCGCGCAAACUCAACACCGCGAAGCCUGCAAGGGAGGUGAAGAAGACGGUCCUUGUCUUUCCGUUCUUCUGCAAAGUCAGGUCAGAGGCGCCUCAAAAACGCUGCAACCGCCGGGGCAUGACUGGCCUAGUAGAGGCCACUUUUACAAGGAAUCCAUCGACCGUUGUUUGUCGCCUGUGACCACCUCCCUUUUUCCGCGUCUCCCGUCUCCUUUCCUUCCUCCGUCGCCGCUGUCCUCUCCCUCAUCGCUUUCCGCUUCGUCUUGCUCAUCGGUUUCCUCUUCAUCUCCUUCAUCGGUUUCCUCUCCGUUGCCGGCUCCUGCUUCGUCGCGUCUACGUGCGCCUCCUCCGCCUUGCGUCUUGUCUUCUCUCUCGCCUUCGGUUUCGUCCGCAACAUCUCCGUCGCCCUCCGCGGCCGGCCUCCGGGGCCCUCCUCUCAUUGUCGUCAGCUCGCCGCGGGGGGCUCCGUCGCCUCGAGUCGCCCAGGCGCUCUGCGGGCCCAGGCCGCCGUGCAGAGGCAGCGAGGGGCUCCCCGUCCACUCCGCCUGGGCGGCCGCUUCGCUCGAGACCAGCUCGGCGCUGGCUGCUACCUCGUUGUCUUCUUCCGGCGGGUGGUCCGUAGCAGCGUCGUCGUCCACAGGGAGUUCUCCCUCAGGCGACGGAGACGAGAGGCGGAAGAAGAGGAAGAAGAAGGACGCGCUGCAGAAAGAGGACGCCUGCGCCGCGGACGGACACAACUCCUCCAGCGACCGUGCAAGGGAAGAGACGUGUGCCUCCGAGCACUCUUGCUGCCUGGCUUCGUGCUCAUCGCCAUUUUCCUCCUGUGCGUCGAUCCACUCCUCUUCUUCAUCUCCAUUCCGGGCGUCGUCUCCGUCACUUCUCAGCAGAGAAGAAAGCGACCGAGCCCUCUGGGCGUUGGGCUCAGGCUUGCCCUCGCCUCUCUUGCGCUCGCCUCUCAUGUCACCCCCACCGCUCUCGUCGUCGCCGCCGCUCGUGUCGUCUGCUUCUUCUUUCUCUCCGUCUCCGCCUUCUUCUUUCUCCCCGGCUGCCUUCGCGCUGCCCCCCCUCUCACCCGACUACUCGCUGCCUCAGGCUGCGCUCUGCGCAGACGCGAACGCGAUGGCCACUGCAGGCGAUUGUCGCAGACGAAGGAAGCGCAGCGAGCACGGCGCCGAGACGCUGGAGGGCCUGUGGCCUGUUCCUGCGCAGCGACGCUCGGGAGACUGCCGGCGCCGAAAAGGAGAGCGACGACCGCGCCUGACGCGACCGCGCGCGCACCUGGCAAGCCGCGACGACGGCGCAGGGGGGGCGGAAGCAGAAGAGGGGGAGGGGGCGGCGGAGGAAGAUGUUCAGCGACCGCCGGCGGGUGGCUGCGCGAGGCGCAAGCGGGAGGCGGAGGAAGGGGAGAAACGCUUUGAGUUCUCCGCAGGGGGCCUGCGCGGGAUGCGCUGGCACGCCGAGGAAGCGAAGCGAAGCUCGCUGAAGCGGCGGAAGGGAUCAAGGAGACGCAGCGGCGGCGCCGAAGGGGCUCUCUCUCAAGUGCACUCCGAGAGAGAAGGAUGUCUCACCGCGCGGACGACUGCCGAGGAGGCAGCGGAGGGGCGCGAGGCACGAGGGGCAGGUGGCGGAAACCCAGCGAUGAGGCCUCUAGAGACAGAAACGAGCCGCGCACGAGAGGCAAGGACCGAGGCGUUCCUUGCAGCUGACACACAGGCGCGUCCGCAGCAGCUGCAGAAAGCGGCGCUUCUCAUGCUUUUUGCUCGGCAUCUGCAGCGCCUACAGCUCCUUCGUAUGCGAGGAGAAAGCGUUCAGAACACUCGUCCCGAAUGCGCCGCACCACCAAAAGAAGAGGAGAACAAUCAAGACGCAUCAGAUGAGGAAGAGUCAGAAGAGCCAGAAACGAUUUCCCUGGACGAGGGCGCGCAGCAGAUGGCGAUUUCCGCAGCUUCCACUCAGGGGCCUCUCGAUAUGAGCCGACACUUUGUCACUUGGCUCCGAAAGAAAAGCCGCGAAAUCAAAAUCUGGGAUAUUCUCGACGGACGUCUGCUUCACACCAUCCAGGCCAUCCCCGCGGCGCCCGCGACGUCAGACCCGACGUCGCCGUCCUCCCCAGCCGCGGCGUCUUCGCGUCCCGUUCUCCUUCGCGUGCGCCAGGCUCAGCACGCGCGCCUGCCUGAGGGAUACUUCCUCGCCGCGCUUGACAGCGUGGGCAUCGUGCGCUUUUUCGACUCGCGAUCCGCCUUCGAAUGCGCGUACACGAUCGACUGCGGCGCUGGCUAUGGGCUGUACCGGCUCAGUUUGUCGUCUUCGUUCCUCGUGACGAUGCAACAGAGCGCGCUACAGCCCGCCGCCUCUCGGCGCCGAGCGGCUGAGCGCCGGCGACCUGCUGGAGGACCUAGCGACGGAGGCCCGCGGCCUGCCGGCUUCGCCCUUCUCCCGUCCCUGGCCGCGCCGGCCGCAGGGGCGCGAGCCGAGGAGGCGAGAGGGGACGCCGAAGAUGCAGACGAAGAGGCAGCCAUGGAGAACGCAGACGACUCGGAAGCGGACGAGGAAGGGGGCCUGCUGAAGGUAUGGGCGCUGCGUAUGCGGCGAGACUCCGAGGAAACCGAAAAUGCGUGCGCCUUCUCUGCCUCCGCCGGCGCGGCAUGUGCGGCGUCCCUCCGCGGCGAGGGCGCAAAUGCAGACCUCAGUCAGGCCCCGGCAGGGAGAAGCUGCGCGUGUGCAUCGAGCAGAAGGCAGCGCUGGGCAGCGGAGCAAGGGAGAGACAGCUGCGAGGCUCUCUCGGGGGAGGAUGCUGAGGCCAAAGCGCGGCGGAGAAAUGGAGAGGAAAGAAGAGAGAGCCCUGAGCGUCUCGACGAGCGCGUCAAGCGGGAGUCGACCGAAGACUCGUUGGAGCCCGCCUACUGCGAAGACAGGUGUAGUCCGGCCUGUGCAGGCAGAGGCCUCGCCUCGUUUUAUCCUCGGGGGGCAUGCGCUUGUCCUUGCCCGGCGUUCGCUUCUUCGAGUUGCUCGCUUCGCCCCUCGCGCCGGUCAUGUUCCCUGCCUUCGCGCGCGCCUUCUCAUGCCGCUCACUUCUUCACCGCUUCACCGCCCGCUGAGCUCUCAGCUCCCGCGCACCUCGCGCACGGCGCGGAUUCCUCAGCAGGCCCCGAGACGGGUGCAUGGCUGAAUCGCGCUUCUUCCCUGCUGCCUGGUCUAGGUGCGCCUUCCGCGUCGCGCACGCUCGAUUCUCGUUGGCGAGAGGCGGGCGACGACGCCCAACCGGACCAGGCCAGGCGGCUCCGCUGGCAGAAGCUAGAAGGGGAGGCAGGCCGCGCCGACGCAGGGGCUCCCUCGGCCUCCGCCAGCGGCUCGCGUUCGAUGUCUCGCUCGCGGCCCCCCGCGGCGGACGCCCAAGAGAUCUCUUCUUCUCGAUCUUUUGGCGGCUCCUCCUCCGCCGACGCCUCUGCGACGGCAGCGCCGUUCACCUCGUGGACGUCGCCGUUUUCGCAGGCGCCGUCUGGCGGGGACAGGCCUGAAAAGCUGACAGUGGAGCUGGUGGGGACGUUUCGCGCGCCGUCUCGCGCCUACUUUGCGGAUCUGCUGGACAACCAGCUGCUGGGCAUUUGGAGUUCGAGUGCGUCGGCUGAGACCGCGCGCGACGGCCAGCGGCGCGCGCUCUUCGCCGCCUCGCCCUUCUUGUUCCCCGCGCUGUCGCCGGCCUUCUCCUUCGCCGCGGCGCCCAGCGGCGGCACGCAGAGCCUCCUCGAGCGGGUGCGAAGAGAAGAAGAGGCCCGCGAGCGACGGGCACGCGCUGAACGGGGCGAGGAAGAAACCGAGGCGGAGCGCUUCGCCCAGACGAUGAGCAACCAAGUGCUUUCUGACUGGCGGCUCUUCGACCUCCUGUCGCAUGCGGAGCAAGUCUCCAGGGCGCGAAGCCGAGGCCUUGGGGACCUGCCUCGGGCCGCGGACGCCGAGCGCCCCGCGGGCUCCCAUCGUUCAGCGUCGCUCCCCUCGUUGGCUUCCAGCGCGUCUUCCGUCGCUUUCGCUUCUCCUGUGUCUUCGCGGACGGCUCGAGAAGCGGCGCCUCUACCUGAGUUGGCGUGUGCAGCGAUUUGCUCGCCGCAACCGUCGCCGCAGCUGCUGCCGCGACUGAGCGUGGAAGAGAAGGAGGCUCGCGCGCGAGCGCUGCCUCCGCCGUGUUUCCAGCUCGACCGGAGAGCGGAUGUCUGGGCGCUCUUCGACUGGAAGGGCCUCACCGUGAGCGAGAGCGGCGAGCUGUGGAUUCGCGACUUCUGCCCGAUAGCAGACGUCCGCGAGGAAGAUAGACUCCUUACGAGACGCUUUGCACACCUCGUCAGGCGGGCACGCAGAGAAAAAGCGGAGAAAGUAGCGCAGGGAGGCACAUGA